AGUGUGGUUUUACUCCGCACAUUACAUUGAAAGACUUCAGUUUUUAAAAUGUAUGGUAAUUAAAAGCGAACACACAAUCGACAAUUAUGUACAAUAUAUGUUGUAAUGUAUGUAAUGUUCUGGUUAAUAAAUGCCUAUGCUUCCUUGUCAGCCUGUGCUUGCCAAAACAGUGAAGGAAAUACAUUAUGAAUUACUGCACACUUUCAGUGUGCGGUAAUUGUGUGAUCAGGGAUUUUUGUAAGUGUAUACUUUGGGGUUUCACCGGCGUCUGUUUGCGUUACGAAACCCUAUUGAUUGUGUGACCUACAACAAGCUAAACUUUAUUGAUUGAUUUGUAUUUUGUUGUUAUCUAGCCUAAUGAACGCUGUUUGCUCAGUACAGUACUUUCAACCUACAGUACUGUACCAUGAUAUUUUCAGGACAAGCUUUUUGCAUCAUCAUAUUAAAAAUAUGUAGGCCUACCCAUGGAGAAAAUAUUUGCUCCAUGGUCUACUCCUGUAUAAGAUUUCUUCAUUUUUAUUCGUUUGGAAAAUCAGAUGGUACAUCCAUGGAUGUAUAACAUCGCAUCACAUAUCUGGCUUUUUUUAUUUUGUUUAAGGUAUUAAAAACGUAAUUGUCAAUCAAGAUGUCUGCCAUACUUUUUCUGUCUGGGUUCUUUGUGUACCUAGUCUUGCUGCAUUUCUACCAGCCAAAAUCCCAGAAAGAACGAGAGGAAAUAUCCAGUAAAAGAGAAACCAGGUUCACAGAGACGAGCUUAUUUGAGAGUCUUGGUUUCAAACAGGAGGAGUGUGAAACAUUCACAGCUUUUGCCGAUAAGUUUAGGACUUACGAUGAAGUAGCCUUCGCUAUAAAAAAAACCGGAAUGGAGAAAAGCGAUAUCAUCAUCGCCGUUGACUUCACGGCAAGCAACGAAUGGCAAGGUAGGAAAACGUUCAGUGGCAAAUGCCUGCAUGAACUCGUCAACGGUAAGGUCUUUAACCCGUAUCAAAAAGUGAUAGCGUGUGUCGGUGCCACGCUGGAGAAUCUUGAUUCUGAUCAUCUGGUACCGGCUUACGGUUUUGGUGAUUCGAAGCUUAAAGAUACGGGUGUGUUCCCUUUCAAAUCGAGUGGCGCACCCUGCCACGGCUUCAUGGAAGUGCUUGAACUUUACAAUGGAAUGGUGUCAAGGGUCACACUAGGAGGACCAACAAGUUUUGUGCCAGUCAUUCGCAAAGCCAUUGCAAUCGUUAAGGAGAAGAUGUCAUACCAUAUAUUAUUAAUAAUUACUGACGGGCAGGUUAUGAAUGAAGAGCUAACAGCGGAAGCAAUAAUUGAGGCGUCCAUGUAUCCUAUUAGUAUUGUUGUCGUCGGUGUUGGCGAUGGGCCCUGGAAUAAUCUUGUUAAUUUUGAUGAUAAUUUGCCAAAGCGUAAAUUUGAUAACUUUCAGUUUGUGAAUUUUCAUGAAGUUUAUUCCAAGUCGAAAUACGCAGAGGCUGCUUUUGCGCUGAAUGUUUUGAUGGAGAUUCCUGAUCAAUACCAAGCAAUACAGUCACUCGGAUACCUUAACAAAUUAGAACAACCAGAAAACAAUCAAAAAUGACGAACAAGACAUUGAACUUAUUAAAAAAUGAGUACACUGGAAAUUCUUCCAUCAGCAUGGAUUGAUUGAGAAGAAAAAAAACCAAGGUUUUUUGUUUAAAUUAACAAUGCAAUAAAUUUGAAAUUUUGUUUGAAAUCUGAGAGGUUGUGAGUUCAAGACUGAUGCUGUUACUAUGUUAUGCUCGCGUAUCCGACGAGGCUUAAAAUAGCAAAUUAUGAUCGAAACAAAAUAUGCGUGACUUACAAUAUUUUGAUUUUAAAAUCAUGUUUGUCUUAUGUAAGGAUUGUCUGUAACAUGCAAAUUUAUUACUGAAAUGAAGCUAAUGUACUAAUUUUUUGUUACCAUCCAUGUACAUUUGAAGAGCCAGAAAUAAAUGCCAUACAAGACGAU